CCGCGGGCUGUCAGUCAGCCGGCAGGACACGCCCCCCACGCCUCAGUGCUGGUCCCGGAGCUGUCACCCGCACUGCCUGCAGUGUCCUGCGCCGGACUGCUGCCGGACACCAUGGCCCCCCGCUGAGCCGGCGCCCUCACUCCUCUCAUGGUGUUGAGACCAGUCCAAGACAUUUCCCACCCUAUGUAGUGUCCUAUAGCCUCUGGCCACCUGAAUUAUGGGGGAGACUGAUGACGACAAGCAGGGCCAAGCCGGACAGCUCUUUGAAAACUUUAUCCAGGCCACAACGUGUAAAGGAACCCUGCAGGCCUUUAACAUCCUUACCCGGCAGCUGGACCUAGACCCCAAAGACUAUCGUCACUUCUACAGCAAGCUCAAGUCCAAGGUCACCAGCUGGAAAGCCAAAGCCUUAUGGAGCAAACUGGAUAAACGGUACAGCCAGAAGGAAUACAAGAAAGGGAGGGUAUGCGUGGGGACGAAGUGUUUGAUAAUUGGCGGGGGCCCCUGCGGACUGCGGACGGCCAUUGAACUGGCCUGUUUAGGAGCCAAAGUGGUUGUGGUGGAGAAGAGAGACACGUUCUCCCGGAACAAUGUGCUCCACCUCUGGCCUUACACCAUCCACGACCUCCGCUGCCUCGGAGCCAAGAAGUUCUAUGGAAAGUUCUGCGCAGGAGCCAUCGAUCAUAUAAGUAUCUGGCAGCUGCAGCUCAUGUUGUUUAAGAUUGCGCUUCUGCACGGCAUUGAGAUCCACGUGAACGUCGAAUUCGUCAAACUCCUGGAACCGGCAGAGGAUCAAGAGAAUCUGAAAAUCGGCUGGAGGGCGGAAUAUCUUCCUCAGGACCAUCCGUUAUCGGACUAUGAGUUUGAUGUCAUUAUCGGGGCUGACGGGCGCAGGAACACCCUUGAAGGAUUCAAGAGGAAGGAAUUUCGAGGUAAACUGGCCAUCGCCAUCACUGCCAACUUCAUCAACCGGAACACGACGGCGGAGGCCAAAGUGGAGGAGAUCAGCGGAGUUGCCUUCAUCUUCAAUCAGAAAUUCUUUCAAGACUUGAAGGAAGAAACAGGGAUCGAUCUUGAGAACAUUGUGUAUUACAAGGACAGUACGCACUACUUUGUAAUGACGGCAAAGAAGCAAAGUCUCCUGGAUAAAGGCGUCAUCCUGAAUGAUUAUGCCGAUGCAGAGAUGCUGCUGUGUGCGGAGAACGUGGAUCAGGAGAGCCUGCAGUCCUAUGCAAGAGAAGCUGCCGACUUUGCCACCAAUUACCAAUUGCCGUCUUUGGACUUUGCCAUCAAUCAUUAUGGGCAGCCAGAUGUGGCCAUGUUUGACUUUACCUCUAUGUACGCCUCUGAAAAUGCGGCGCUGGUCCGGGAACGCCACGGGCAUCACCUGCUGGUGGCGCUCGUCGGGGACAGCCUGCUUGAGCCCUUCUGGCCGAUGGGGACGGGCUGCGCCCGCGGGUUUCUGGCGGCGUUUGAUACAGCCUGGAUGGUGAGGAGUUGGUCCCAGGGGACUCCGCCCCUCGAGAUCCUGGCUGAACGGGAGAGUAUCUACCGCCUACUACCUCAGACUAAACCCGAAAACAUCAGCAAGAACUUUGACCAGUAUACGAUCGACCCCGCAACUCGAUAUCCCAACCUCAACUCCAACUGCGUCCGCACUCUGCAGGUGAAGCACUUAUACUUCACUGGGGAGUUACAUGGAUGUCCUCUGGAGAGAGCCAGCUCCAUCAGGAGAUCAGUGGGGCUAAGCCGGCACGAAUCUGAUAUUCGACCCAACAAGCUCCUAACCUGGUGUCAGAAGCAGACUGAAGGCUACAGGAACGUGAGCGUCACAGACCUCACCAGCUCCUGGAAGAGCGGCCUCGCGCUUUGUGCCAUUAUCCACCAUUUCCGGCCAGAUCUUAUUGACUUCCACUCUUUGAACGAGGACGACGCCGUCAGGAACAACCAGCUGGCGUUUGAUAUCGCGGAAAAAGAGUUUGGAAUCUCGCCCAUCACCACGGGGAGGGAGAUGGCGUCCACCGAGGAGCCAGAUAAGCUCAGCAUGGUCCUGUACCUCUCCAAGUUCUAUGAAUUAUUCAGGGGCGCCCCCCUGAGGCCCAUCGAAUCCUCCCCCAAGGACAAUGGGAAGAAUGGAAAGGCGAACGCCUCCAAACCAUCCAGUCUGCUCAGCAAUAAUUACCUCAAUUUAACAUUACCCAGGAAGAGAGUGCCAAAGGGAGAAAAUAAAUCUGAGGAGAACGAUGUGAACAAGAGGAGGAGGAGGACGAUGCAGCUCUUUGAUGAGUCGGGGAACUUUUCAAGUGAAAGCAUCAAUUCUGUCACGGAGUGCAGCGACACGAAGGAGGUGAUUAAUCAGAAUAAAGUCAAGUCCAUGGCUACUCAGCUCCUGGCCAAGUUCGAGGAAAAUGCGCCAAAUUCAUCAUUACGGAGACAGGGUUCUUUACGGAAGGAAUUCCCCUCGAAUAUCGGCGGCAGCGACACGUGUUACUUCUGUAAGAAACGCGUUUACGUGGUGGAGCGGCUGAGCGCCGAGGGACACUUUUUCCAUCGAGAAUGUUUCAAGUGUUCCUUCUGCUCGUCCGUUCUCCGUCUGGGAAAUUACGUCUUCAACGUGGAAGAAGGUAAAUUUUACUGCCAGCCGCACUUCAUGCACUCGUUCUCGAGCAGUAAACAGCGCAAGCGCAGAACGGAUUCAAAAGCCCAGGAUCCGGAUAAAACAUGGAAAAAGGAAGAAGCCAUAACUGCGGAGGUCACGACGGACAGUCCCUGUAGCGCUGGCAGCAGUUCAGAGGACAGCUCCCCAGGUAUCACGACUUCCUUAUUUAGGAAAACGCUAAGCUGGCCUCUGGCGGUGACGAGGGACGUCCUUGCCCUCCCCAGCCGCUUGUCUAACUGGACGCGUGGCGCGGUGCGAGAUGCCAGACGCCAUGUCAGGGACAAUGAGCAACAGUAUUCCUACCUGUAUGAGCUGCUGAGCGUGAGCGGGCCCUUCUUGUAUGCGCUUUACGAGGUAUUGGCCCUCAUGAUCCAAGAAGCGGGGCCCUCCCUGCAGUUCAUAGUCGAGCAAGCGCACAACACGUUUUGGCACAAACACAGCUAGACGAGACAUCACUAGAAGUGGGCGGCUUCUCGUCUCUUUCAGGAGAAGCGCUUGCGCCCAGCUAGUGUCGUGGCGUGUCGCAUUCAUGUUCCACGUCCACGAUGCUGUUUUCAGAAAUUGCUAAUUGAAGGAAAAGCUUUAGAUUUGCACUUUUUGUACUCAAAAGUCCGAGAUUUCAGGUUUACAAAUUCUAGACUCGUUUUGUGCCAAUAUGGCAGAAUUUCGGGGGUUCCUAUAAGAACCAGCAGAAAACAUUUCCUUGUAUUCCGUCUACAUUUCUCAUCUCCCAUCUUCCACCUUGGGGAUUGAUAAUUCACCUGAAAUAGACCCAUUACCUCCAACAGUGAGGCUGAGGAAUUCCAGUUUACCAACAUUUCACAACUGAGGCAUAAGGUACACAGUGCCUCGCACCUCCGUGAUGGUUCUGCUGUCCAAGUCGCUGGAGGUGGAAAAUGGAAGAGGUUCAGACAGAUUGCAUUGUGGGUAUUUGAUAGAUGACAUCUAGAAAAUUGUGCAAUAUUUUAUAGUUAUUCAUAGGAUUAAAGUAGUUAUUUAAAAAAAAAAAAAAAGAGCAAAUUUUUUGUACAUUUUAAGUGGGUUAUCCAAGAUUUUCAUUGAUGGCCUGUCCUGAGUUUAGCAGUUAAAAUUUCUUUUUUUUUUUAUCAUUUGGUUUUACAUUUUCCUCCUGUCAUUUUAACCUGUUAGCUGCCAAAAAAAGAUUUUCACAAUACAGACGUUUUAUCCAAACGUUUUGAAUUUACCCAACUAUGAUAUAGAAAUAUUUAAUUCAAGAAUUUAUAUAAAAAGACAUAAUGUAGUCAUUUUCAAUUUACUUUGAAAACCGUAGACAAACACUCAUUUGAAACAAAAAAUGUGUCGUCCUGAGAAUGAACACAAUUUGCAAUCUGGAAGAAAAAGAAAAAAAAAAUGUAUUAUUUGCCAAAAACUGUUGUGCUGACAUCUUAACAUUUCACCUCUGCUGGUUCUGUACUGACCUGCUGCGCCGAUUACUGCAUUACGUACUCGCUCACAUCUAUGUGAGGCUGCAAAGUCACUUUUUUUACAGUUUUUUACACACUAAUUUGAUACAGUGUAGAAUUUUUGUAGACAUUUUGAUUUUAUUAAUUUUUUAAUUGUUCUGUUUUUAUCUUUUUUAUUUGCUACAAUGUUCAUUUUGUAUAUUAAUAUUCUCGGCAAUAGAAGGAGGACCCAAAUGUGAUUUCCACAAUUUUUUAAGAAUCAUUGUAAAAAAAAAAAAAAAAAAAGUCAAAAAAUUUCAAAGAAAAACAUUCCAAAAUUCCUAUGUAACAGGUUCUAAGGCAGAUUUUGGCCUAUUUGCUGCAGAGGGCUGGGAGCUGAAUGAUCUGGAUCUGCUGUAGAUCUGCGUCUUGCCAAUGGUUCCGUUUUUGAGAUUAGGCGCACACUAGGAUAUUUUAGUUUUUUGGGAUUGCAGGAUUACUUUUGAACAUCUUUUUACAGUUGACAUUUUCAUCUAUUUUUACUGCCUAACUUUGUCAAUUGUAGCUUGUUUACUUUAUUACGUACUGUAUUAUACUCCAAUCACCUCCAGAGCUGCAUCCAGUAAUGUAUUGCUGCUUGGAAUCUAUACUGUUUUAUCAGACACUGAAAUCCUAUGAUGUUGCAUUUUGUGUGAUGUGUUGUUUGCUUUGCACUGCUGUGUGGUAUACGCCAUAGCAGAGCGCGCUCGAUAGUGAUACUCAACCUGUGGAUCCAGAAUGCUGAGAGUUUGCCAACAGCUGGAGAACCACAGGUAGGAGACUACUGUUCUAUACAGACACUGAAGCUGCAGGGGCGGCCUGGAGAGUUAAGGUUUUGCUCCCCUUAAGGGCUCGUUCACACUUCCAUUUUUCCCGGACGUAUGCUGUCCGUUUUUUUUAUUUGUACGGACAACAUACCAAUCCAUUCCUUUUAAUGUGUUUGUCCGUGUGUCCGCAAAAAAUCCACAGAUGCAUUCACAACUUUCAUCCGUGCCCCAGACUGUACAUGUCUAUGGGUCUGUGAAAAUCUCGGAGAUAACAUGGAUGGCAUCCCUGGUGCAUCCAUUUUUCACAGAAGCCAGAUAGAAAAUUAAAUUAAUUUUCAUCUGUGCAACGUCCAUGGAUUACGGAUGACGCACGGAGAGUAAAAGCUGACAGAUGCACAAACCAUGUAUGUCAUACAGACACGGAAGCGUGGACAAGGCCUAAAAACCAGAGUUUGUGAAUGCAGCUUUGGCUGUGACUGGAGUAUAAGACAAGAUCAAGAUUUUAAUUCCACAUUGAUGUUUAAAAUUGAACCUACUAUGUAUCUGGCGACCACAUUUCACGUGUUUUUGUUUCUGCCAAAUGUGUAAGAUUUGCAAACAUUUCAAAGGUUUGAUUAUUUCGAGAGGAGGAGGGAGUACAGUGAUGAGACUCCACGGGCUUAGAAUGUUGCAAUGUGUUAGAAAUUCUGUUUGCAUUUUGAUUUGGGGAUUCUGGUUUUUGAUUUCUGAAUAUUUAGGGGUUUUUCCAACUUCUCCUGUUCUCUCUCUUUUCCUGCCUUCGCUCGGCUCCUUCAGUUCAUUCUCACAUUCCACUUCUACGCCCUCUUGUUGGCUGAACUACUGUAAGGUGAUUCUCCUGCUUGCCGAUUUCGAAAGUUUUGUAACUAAUACUUUAAAAAAAUUAACCUGAAUUGUUGUAUUUGUUUUGUAUGAAACUCCUUCACAUUAACUGAUUGACCCUCCUAACCGCGCUGUGUGUUAUAACCGAUAUGGAGCAAUUUGUGUUUGCUGCGUCCUGCAUCCUCGCAGCGCUGCUGUGUAAUCAGUCACUUGCCUGCUCAUUGUUGCUACUAAUAACAUUGCUUAAAAUGUGUCAAAAUCUCACAAAAGAAACAUAAAGCACUUACAGGUCGUAAUCAGAGGUUUACGGGGGCUCUGGGGUGUAACUUGAGAAUUACGGGAGAGCUCAGGGCACAUGGCUGUGUGAGGCGAUACGUUAGGAUGCGCUGCAGCCGCCAUGUCUUCAUCAUCAGAGGCAGGCGAGCUUUUGUUUACAAACAUUUUGCUACAAUGUAACUUUCUAGUUUCCCAUAAAUAAAGUGUAACCACUAUACAAUAAAAAGUUCUGCAGAUUUUAUCAAGAUCUCUGCUUGCUGUUAAUAAAUGGCAAUGACGUAGCUGAAGUGUGUUACAAUGUAUCAGCAUAGGUUCCAUCUAGGAGCUUGGAAUCAAGGGCUGGAGAAUGCUUUGUGCUGCUGAUGUGUUUACUGCAAACACAAUUGUCCACAAUGAUAUUUUUGGCAACUUUGUUACAAUGUGUCAGGAAUUAAAUUUGAGCUAAACAAAGCAACGGCGCCAUACGUGUUUGGUCUUGGCUGUUACGUACUACCUUCAGAAGCAUUAGAUUAGGUCUUCAACCUCUAGCUGUGAACUACAUUGUUUCCAUUCACUAAGAGCAAGCAGAGAUGUUUAAAAAUUUUGCCAAUUUUAAACACAAAGUAUGUUAGAAAGUCACAGGACUGCAAAGAUUGAGCUGUAUUUAUAUACAGACUGGAGGAGUAGAUCAGCAAAGUGUUAAAGACCCAGGACGGGCUGGAUGCUACUACUCCCACUUUGGACAUGCUGGGUGUUGUGGUGGCAUAACGUUGAUUUCAUUUUCCCAUUAAUUAUUUUUCUUGCCUGAUACAAUCAUAUCCUAUUCCACUAGAAAACAUUGCUGCAGCUUGUCAUGUGAUUCUUAGGCUCUUAAAGGGACAUCCUUGGGUGCCAGUCAAGCAACUGAAGGGUGGAAUUAUUCCUGACCCCAAACCAUCAAGGAUUUUACUAAUUCCAAGGAAUCAGGUGGCCUCCAGGGAUCUGAUGAGUGGCUGAGACGGGAGGGGCAUAUGUGAAAAUGUAUUUCCCAGGCUCAUGGUGGGCACCGUCGGGCUUUUUAUAAGUUUUAUAAUUGCAUCCUUAGUGCCCAGCUAUGAUACAUACAUACAAAGGAGCCAGUCCGUAUGGCACUCUCCCUCUAAGACUGUCCUUUGUCCUUUGUCCUUUGAAAUCAGAAAUGUUUAGUCCAGCCUUAGUGUUUAUCCAGAACAAUUGUACUUAUUCGGAUCCGACUAGUGUAAGGUUGUAAUUGAGGCUGCUGGCAACGAAAUCAAUAGACUGUGUGUAUAUAACAUUAAUACUCCCAAACACCUUUAUUAUGGUCCCACAUUUCUCAACUAAGGCAUCACCCGCCAUCUAGGGCAGAUAGGAGC